GAAGUAGCCAAUGGGCAUCGAGCUGAGUGAAUUGCAGUUUGCUCGGCACAAUUUGAAUUUUCCAACGAGAGCGACCCAAACAGUGUGUGUGAGAUAAAGCAGCAUCGCGCCCAAAUCAGGUUGAAACCAUGAGCUGGGCGGUGGAGGAGUGGAAGGAUGGACUUCCAGGGAAAGCCCUGCAGAAGAUCCAGGAGAUGGAGGCCCAGCUGGACAAACUGAAGAAGGACAGGAACCAGAAACAGUUUCAGCUGGACUCCAUAGAGGCUGCCCUGCAAAAACAGAAACAAAAGGCGGACAGUGACCGCACCGAGACCUCUGCUUUGAAAAGAGAGAACCAAUCUUUAGUAGAGUCGUGUGACUCUCUGGAGAAAGCCCGUCAAAAGGUUGUCCAUGACCUCGGAGUCAAAGAGCAGCAGGUGAGCUACCUGGACGGUCAGCUGAACACCUGCAGGAAGACCAUUGAUCGACUGGAACAGGAGCUCAAGAAGUACAAAAGUGAACUGGAUCGUUCGCAGCCUGCUGGCUCUUCCUCCUCUGAGCUUCAGUCCUACACUACUCCACAGAAGAGUUUCUCUACCCCGGCUCCUGUACAAGCCUACAGACAGCAGGAUAACAAACUAGAUGAGCUCCAGGAGAAAUACAGCCAGGAGGUGGUAGAAAGAAAAAGGCUGGAGACUGAACUCAAAGUCCUGCAGGUCAAAAUGUUGAACCAGUCCUCACUCAGUGUAAGCCACAAGGACAUUGCUGCCCGCCAAGCUGGAUCUUCCAUAUUCCCAUGGCAACAGGAUCAGGCCCACAGCCGCCUGUCUCAGGAUGCAAUGGAAACGCCUCUGAAAAGGCGAGGAACAUCCCUGUGGGAGGCCCUCGAGGACACGCCCAUUAAAAGCAGCCAGUGGAUGAGCUCUUCCAAAGCAGUGCAGAGUCCCGGUGGAUCCUCCCAACAGAUGGAGCAGCUGAAGACCGUCAACCAAGACCUGCGUGGCCGUGUGUCAGAGCUGGAGAGGAAUCUGUCCACUCAGGAAAAAGAAAUUCGUAGCCAGGCCUCCAAGCUGCAGGAUCUCCAAACGCAACUGAACAAGGUCCGCAAAGAGCUCACUGAACGAGACAGAGACCUGGCCAAGACCAGCCAGGAGCUGAGUCAGGCCACAGACAGACACCAGCAGGUUGUGGCCAAGUGUUCAUCGGUUGAGCUGAAGCUGAAACAAGUCUCGGAGGAGAUGAGCUGUCAGAGGCACAACGCUGAGAGCUGCAAACGAGCCCUCGAGCAGAAACUCAAGGACCAAGAGAGAGACAGUCAAAAGGAGCUAGCCCAGCUGCAGACGUCUCACCAGGCUUUGGACCAACAGCUGAACCAGACCAGAACCAAGCUAACACAAGAGAUCCAACAGUCCAAAAAAGACCACAACGCACUGCAGGCUGACAUGGAGAAGAUGUCCUUCCAGAAGAGUCAGAUGGAUAAGGAGGUGGAGGAGCACAAACAGAAGCUGCUGAGGUCAGAGCAGAGCCUCCAGGUGACACAGACCAAAGAGCAGGACUUCCGCAAGAAAAUGGAGGAGCUGCAGAAAGAGAAGAACAGUGUGACUGUCCAGUUGGACCAGAGCAGCAGGCGUCUAAAUCAGCUGGAGGAAGAGAAGAAGAGCGCAGACCAGAGCUUCAAACGCACCCAGGGAGUACUGGAUGAUCUCAAAGCCAAAUCAGAAGGGCAGACGGAGGAGCUAAAGAGACUUCAGACUAACCUGGAGAAGCAGACUCGGGCUUCGGCCCGAGAGCUGGAAAACUCGAUAAAGACACUUUCUGAUGCAGAGACCAAAAAUGACAAAUCUCAGAGUGAACUGCAGAAGCAGAAACAAGAGACGGAGAGGUUGUCCAACAGGUUGACAGUAAUAGAGAAGGAGAGCCAAGAGCUGAAAUCCAAUCUCACUGCGAGUCAGAAUGAGAGUAAGGAACUGAAACAAGAACAUCAAGUUCUGCUGGAGUGGAAGACGGAGAAGGAGACUUUGAUUAAUGAAACUGAGGCUGUGCAAAAAAACCUCACGGACAAAAUUGGCGACUUGGAAAACAGAAUCAUCUUGCUGAAUGAGGCUAAUGAUGACGUUAAGAAGCAGCUCACGAGCAUAGAGGCCGACAAGGCCAGUCUGUCGGCUCACAUCGAUUCCUUGAAGGGAGAACUGCUCAACAAGAGCACAGAGUUGGAGGAGAGGGAGCAUCAAUACAACGAGCUCCAGUCUAAAUCCUCAGAGGCCGGACAGAAGCACACCAAAGACCUGGAGAAUGUCGCUGUGCAAGUGGCUCAGCUUGAAGCACAGGUCAAAGGUCUGGAGUUGCGGUUGCAAAAGGAGAUGACUCGAGCAGAGCAGGCUGAGAAGACCAACACAGAGCUGCAGGACGAGCACCAGGCAGCCUGCGACCUGGCUCGCUCCAAAGACCAGCUGGUCGACUUGGGCCAGGCGGAGAUCGGCCAGCUGAAGGAGAGUCUCGCUCACGCCACUGCACAGCAGGAGGAGCAAGCUGCCAGGUUGGUCGAGGAGAAGGCAGCCCUGCUGAAGCAGUGUGAGGACAGUGUUUCAGCAAAGGUCGAAGAGGUCGAGCAGCUCAAGCUGCAGUUGGAGGAAACCCAGCAAGAGCUGCUGCUAACCAAAAACAAGGUCAGUUCCACAGAUCAGUUCCUGAAGGUCCAGGAACAACUGGGAGCUGAGCUGCAGAAACAACUUAAAACACUGUCUGACAAUGAAGAGGAACACAAAAAGAUGCAUGAGAAGAACUCAGAAGAGCUCAAACAGCGAGAGGAGCAGCUGGAUGAUCUGCAGGGACAUGUAGGAGAGAAGGAGAAGCAGCUUAAAGAGGCUGAAGCUCAGAUUUUGUCUCUGGAGAAACAAAUGGCUGAGCUGGAAAAUGCAGUUCAAGAGACGAAGAAGGACGCUGGGAACCUCCAGCAGGCUCAUACUGAGAAGAUCAACAACCUUCUGGAGCAGAUAUCUUCCUUAGAAGAGGAAGUUACUGCCAGCAAAGAUGCAGCAGAGAAGCUGCCAGUCUUGAAGAAUGAAUUGGACGUGGUCACCCAGUCCCAUGCUGACCUUAAGAAGCAUCUAGAAGCUCUUGAGACGAGUCACUCCUCCACUAUUGAAAUAAAGUCCAACUUGGAGAACACCCUGAAGGAGAAAAUCAAUCUGAUCUUGACUUUGGAGAACGAGAUGAAAGAGCUCGCAGAGAAGACGAGCAAAGAGAAAGAGAGUCGGGCUGUGGAGGUAGAAAAUUUCCUCAACAAAGAGAAGAUCCUCAAAGAGAAGCUUGAAACAGCUAGGAAAUCAAUUUCUGCUGCUAAGAAGGAAUCAAGUUCUCGACGGGAUGAGUUCAAGAGCAUGAAGACGACUCUGACGGCCGCGUCACGUGGGUUAGAAGAGAGAGACGACUCCAUAAAGAGUCUGAAGGAGAAGCUGAAUAAAACUGAGGCAGAGCGCGCAAAAACAUCCGAUCUCCUGAAGGAGAAGAUACUUUCCAUGAACAAAAUCAAGGUUCAGCUGGAGAUGCUGCAAAUGGACCUGGAGGACAACGAGACGGUCAUGAACUCUUUUGACGGUCAGCUGGAGGAGCUGAAGGGAAGCAUAGCGUCUCUGGAGGCUCAGCUCGCUCACAACCAAACCCAGAUGUCUGACAUGGAGGCCCAGCUGGAGGACGGCAAAGCCCAGGUCUCUGUCUUGGAAACCCGUUUAGAGGAGGUCCAAUCUCAGAACUCUGUGCUGGAGACGCAGUAUGUCACAGCUAGGGAGGAGCUGAUGGAGCGGAGCUAUGAAAUAACUCGUCUGGAAGAGGACUCUGCCAAUCAAAAACAGCUGGAGGAGAGUGUUGCUACUCUAGAGUCUAAACUCUGUCAGACCACAGAGGAAAAUGUCAAGUUAGAGACAACUCUCAGGCAGACAAUUGAGGACAACGACAACAAUCUGAACCAGUUACAUCAAGAGAGAAACAACCUUGAGACUACGUUGAAACAGUUAACAGCUGACAAAGAGCGAGUAGAAACUGAAAUGAUUCAAGUAAAUGCAGAGAGGAAACAGCUGGAGGACAGUUUCAAAGAGCUGUCUGAGGAGAACAAACGACUGCAGACCAACAUUCAGCAGAGGAUCGAUCAACUGACCGCAGAGAAACAAGCAGCUGAAUCGACCCUGAGAGAGGUCAUCGAGCAGAAAGCCCAACUAGAUGCUACCCUCAAUCUGGUGAACGAGGACAAAGUCCAAGUCGAGGCUAAACUAAGUGAGCUAACCUCCGAGAAAAACAACUUGAUCACCGACUUCAAUCGAGUAGUUGAGGAAAAGCUUCAGCUGGAAGUUAACUAUAAUCAGCUGACUGGAGAAAACAUCAAACUACAAUCUAGUGUGAGUCAAGUAACCGAGGACAAGUUGCUGUUAGAAGACUGCAUAGAGAGGCGUGAAGAAGAGGUGGCUUCACUACAAGAGCAGCUCGGGAUGAGGGACAAGAGGACCGAGGAGGAGAACAGAGAGAGGAGCCAACAGUUUGAGGCGGAGCAGGCAGAACUGCGUCUGAAGUUAGCGAUCUUACAGAAUGAGCUGGCUGUGUUCAAGCAGCAGUACGACUCACUGCUGGAGCAGGUGGGCCAACAACACGGCCUCAUACAGCAGCUCUCACAAUCGCAAGGAACCCAGAGCCCAGGAGAGAACAGCAGCCACAUGGAGAACGAGGACACGGAUAUUGGGGCAGAAGCAGCAGGACAGACUGAUGUAGAGCCAACACUUGAAAUAAGCACCAACACUGAGGCCCCUCGAGUAACGGAGCAGCCGAGCCCUGAUGUGUCCGAACUGAGUGAACCUUCCCACCACGCUGACGAGGCCUUCGGCCCUGGUAGUGACACAGAGAUGGUGUUCAAGGAGGACAUCAGUGAGCAAGAGAUGAUCCCGGAACAACUGGACGAGGAGGAGGAGGCGUGUGUGGCUGGUGUUGAGGAAACGAGGGGUAACGAGGAGCAGCAUGCUCCAUCAGGUAGAAACAUUUUCAAUCUUCCUGAAGACAGCUGCAGUCCCAAAGAUGUUCCUGAGAGUAAACCUGAAAUAUGUGCGAUUCCUCUACCGUCGUGCUCCCCUGCGGCAGAGUCGUCCCAGGUACAAGAUGACCUCAACCGCUCCACAAAACAAGAACUCCAGACGCUUCGCUCAGAGUUUGACUUACUGGAGUCCGACCUCGCUCUGAGAACGGAGUUGACCUCUGAACUUAAAAUCCAAGUUCAGAACUUGGAGAAGAAACUUCAAGCGACGGAGGAGGAGGCACAGGGCGCGGCGCGUAAGCUCAACGUCGCUUUGGAGGAAAAGAAAGUCAGUGCUGACGAGUUGCGUCAGCUGUCAGACGAGAGGGAGACUUUAACUCAGCAGCUGCAAACGGCUAAAUUCCAGUUGGCUGAUGUGAUGGAGAUGCGGGAAGGACUGGAGAUGGCCAAAGGCGGAUGGGACGAGAAAUUCCUUCAGCAGGAGAGUGAGCUGAAGAGGGUUCGCUCUGAGAAAGCCAACCUGGAGCAGCACAUCCUGGGCAUGGAGUGUGAGCUGGACACCUUGCAGGGGGAGAGGAGCAAACUAGGGAAUGAGAUGGAUACACAGAGGAGGACUUGUUCAGGCAUGGAGCAGCAGAUAGAAACACUCAGGACAGAGACAACCCAACUGAGGACUGAACUUGUGUCCUGCUCCGAGGAGCGAGAUGACCUGAACCAGUCUUUGGGCCAAUGGAGAGAGAAAGUUCAUAGUCUGGACAAGACUAACUGCGACACCAGAAACAUCAUUUCUAUCCUGGAGGAUGACAUCAGAGCAGGCAGGAAGGAGUAUGAAGCCCUGCAAAGCAGCAUGGAGAAACUGAAGACAGACAGGCAGCAGCUGCUGGAGCAGGUUCAUACGCUGGAGCGGGCAAUAUCCCAACAGAGUGGAGAGAGAGAGGAUCUCAUCGGGCAGCUGGACAAGAUUCAUGAAGACCACACCUCGGCCGAUCAGAACACUGAGUCCAUGGUCGGCAAGAUACAGGCUUUAGAGGGAGAAGUGUGCCGCCUCUCACAGUCUCUGGAGUCUUCUCUACUGGAAAAAGGAGAGAUUGCCUCUCGUCUGAACUCCACUCAAGACGAGGUGAAGCAGAUGAGGACUGGUAUUGAAAAGCUGCAGGUCCGCAUUGAGUCGGACGAGAGGAAGAAGAAGAAGAUGGGAGAGCUGCUCAAAGCCGCCCAGAGGAAGUCUGAGUCACUGCAAGAUCGCAUUGAUGCCCUGGAGCGAGAGAAGGUGGACGAAGAGCAAAGUCUUGAGGAGGCUGUGAUUCAGGCCGAAACAGCCAAAGCUGAGCUGGAGGAGGAGAGGACAAAGGUGGAUGAGGAGAAGAGAGAGCUCAGCGAGAAACUGUCAGAGAUCUCUGCCACGCUGGACAACCUGAGAUCUGAGAAGGAACACAUGGAGAGGGAGCUGGAGACGAAAAACAGAGAGAUAGAAGAACUGAAGGCCGCUAAGGAGGAGCUGGAGAGAGGGUUGGAGAAGGCAGCGGUGGAUAGAAGAGACGAAGAGGAAAGACAGAAAUGCCGGGUAGAAGAGCUGGAGACUGGAAUGAGGGAGGAAGCGGAGAGGCAAACAAGACAAGUGGAUGACCUCCAGGCACAACUGGAAGCCUCACGACAGAGAGAGGCUUCCCUUGAGCAAAAGAGUGCAGAAAGAGAAGGGGAGAAAGAGAGGAUACAGAGUCUGCUGGUAGAGAUGGAGAAGGAAAGAAUCUGUCUGCAGUGUUCUCUGGAGGAGUGGCAGACCGAAGGAGAGGGGCUCCGCUCUCAGGGAGAGGAGUGGGAGAAAGAGAGAAACAACCUCAGGACCAGUAUUGAGGCUUUAGAAGAAGAAAUGAAGGAGCUUAAAACACUUAUAAAAGCUAAAGAGGAAGAGAGAGAAAUGCUGGAGAAGGAGGCCGAGCAGAGUCACGCAUCGGUAAAAUCCAUCUCCUCUCUUACGGCAGAAAAAGAACAGCUUGAAGAAGAAAAUGUACGGCUGGUAGAGGAAAAAGAGAAACUGAACUCGACCCUGUUUUCAGUGGAACAAGAGAGGGAUGAUUUGCAUUGCACUCUUGCAUCUGUAGAAGAAGAGCGAGCGAGGCUGGUGCAAGAGAGCGGCGUGUUAGCUGACGAGAAAGAGAAGCUUCAGUCCGGCCUCUCCUUGAUAGAAAAGGAGAAACGUGACAUGCAGCAAUCUCUUGCUUCAUUAAAGGAAGAGAAGGAAAGAAUAGAGGAGGAGAAACAGAAGUUAGAGGCUGAACAACAAGAACUGCAGGCUUCCCUUUCUUUGAUUGAGGUUGAAAAAAAGAACCUGUCUUCAGCUCUUUCUUCACUGGAACAAGACAAGCGAAGAGCAGAAGAAGAGCAAGAGAAACGCACAGAAGAACAACGCACUCUUCAGUCUGCAGUUGCCUCUAUGGAGAAGGAGUUGGAAACCUCCAAAGUGUCUGCCACACAGCUCAACGAGCAGGUGUCAGAGCUGACGUCUCAGGCCGCUCGUCUGUCUAAAGAGAGGGACUCUGCCCGGAGCAAGAUGAGUCUUUGGAUGAAGACCUGCAAACAGCAAGAGCAGGAGAAGCAGGAGAUGUUGAACCGCUCAGGUGACAGAAAUAGCAGCGAGGAGGUGCAGACUGAAGUGAACCAGCUGAAGAUGGAGGCAGAAAAGAGUGAGAAGGAAGUGGAAGAGCUGAAGACUGCUCUGCAGCAGAAGACUGUGGAGGCAGAAGAAAAAAGAAUGGAGUCACAACAGAAAACUAAGGAGGUGGAAGAACUUGAAGCUGCCCUUGAUGGAAGGAAGAAGGAGUUAGAAGAGGGAAACGGAGAGCUGCAGGAGAUGAAGAGUGAGUUGGAGGAACUCAACAAAAUCCUGGAGGAGAAAAGCAAGGAGGCGGAUGAGAGCAUCGAUAAAUACUGCAGCCUGAUGGUUAAAGUCCACAAACUGGAAGAGACCAAUGAUUCCCUGACGACCCGGCUGGAGCAGUUCACUGCUAGCCAACCUGCUAACGAAGCUAACGUCCACUCUAGCAGCACUGGCGGUACUCGCCGCCGGCGCUCGGAAAGGAAGUCUACCUCCAAACAUCAGGAAGAAAAACUGACUGAGAACACGGCUCCUUCCACACCGCAGAGGUCUCCUCAGGGGUCAUCUUCAGGGAAACGGGGUCACCGUGACAUCAGUAACAAAGACAGCGCCCAGGAGGUCCUGCUCAACCUGACAAAGAAGAUCAAAGCCAACGCAGUGCCGACACCCAAACCAAGAACUGAACAGGAAGACGAUGAGUUCAGACCUGAGGGGCUUCCUGAGCUGGUGCAGAGAGGAUUUUCUGAUAUUCCUCUGGGGGAGGCCAGUCCGUUCAUCAUGAGGAGAACCACAGUGAAGCGCUGCAGUCCUCGACUGGCUGCCAGACAGACUGUUUCCACAUCUGACUGCAAGGCUUUGGGGUCCAUCCCCUGUCUCUCCCCGAGUGGCGAAGAGAAACAAACACGUCGCUCACGGAGUUUACAUCAGACGCCAGAACCGAAAGAGAAACAAGAAGACAACUGUCAAGUCCAGUAGAUUAAUGUACACACACACACACACACACACACACAGUCUUGCACUUGUGAUUUAAUUGUAGAAAUAUUCACAUGCACAUAAUUAAUAUUAACACUCCACUUUGUUUUUUUAAGACACAUUGAACGUUAAAGUAAAGUCACGAUCAUUUUAAAGUGGAACACUUACAAUGCACCUUUUCUUUCUUUUUGGGGGGUGUGCAGCUGUGUGUGUCACUUUCUUCCUGGAACUGCAAAAGACACAACGACACGUUACCCGUCGUUGUCUUCGUUCUCUCUUAAAGUCAUGUGGGGGGAAAAUAAUCACUAAUCCAAGAAGUGCUGAUUUUCUUCAUAGCACCAUUUUUCAUUAUACGAUUUAUUUUCAUGAAACUCUUUUGAAACGUCAGACACGCGUUUUUAGAAAGAAUCCGUGUCAUGUGAUGCUUCUGAAUGUAAAGCAGCCCGACUGGUCUGUUCUUCAUGGCGUCACAUUGUCUUUAACACUCACUGGUUUAACUUUAUUUUCUUUUGUACUGUCAUUGUGUUCUUCGUGUGUGUGAGAGAGAUCUUGAACUUUGUACAGAGUAGAUAAUAUACAGUAUAACAGCUACGCGUCAUCCCUCUAUUAGUCCUGUAACAUAUUAAAUAAUCGCUAAUGGCAGCUAAGAUUUCUUAGAUUUUCUCCUCUGACUUUAAUAUUUUCUAGAUAUUUUUAUAGUUAAAGUAAAGAAAACAAUGUUUUGUUUGAACUUUUUCUUUUUACUAUUCUUUGCAGCAAAUGUUGAAAGCAGAUCUGCAUUUUAUAUGUUUCAGUUUUUUAAAUUUAGCUUUAGUUUAUAAAUGUUUCUGAUCAUUGUAAAUAGUUCAUUGACCCUUUUUUUUAUACUAAACUGUAACUGCUU